AAGUUCUAUACCGUUACUAAAAUCUGAUAACGAAUAAUGAUUGACCGGCGUCAAUGUGCAAAAUGCCAAAUUGAGAUAAAAUGUAUGAAUUUUGAUUUUUGAAUAAUUCAAUUUUUUUGGACGUUCUGACUUCGGCAGUUGUAUUAAGAAACUUAGAACAUUAUAAUAUUAUAUACGAUAGUAACCUAAACUUUUACUGCUGUCGUAUUUUUCUUUCGAACCCUAUCAAUGGAGCAAGCCCGGUUUUCAGUUGUCACGGACAAACCAAAUGGCAUACCACCGACUAACAUACCCAGACUCGGAUCACUGAAACACUCAAACUCUCAAGUCGUCACUCCAGCAUUCAUGUUUUACACAAAAUGUGGAAGUGUGCCAUACAUAUCGAGAGAACUGUUUGAAAAAAUUGUACCUGACGAUCAGGCGUUAUUUAAUUUUCCAUUACCAACAUGUCUGAGUUUCCUCCAACCACUGAAAGAGUUUAAACACGGUCUUAACUCGUUUGUUGGUCUUGAGAAAUACUUAUCAUGCUGCUCAAUAACUGACUAUGCGGUGGAUACCCCACGAGGUUACAAUAAAAAAGAUUGUGUUGCUAUAAAAACCAAAAGUGGAAAUCAAUUAAUUAACCAUGAAAAGUAUAUGGAUAUCAUAGAAGUAUUCAAACCCACUAUGUAUGUUACCCUAAGCAUUUCGGACAUUAAUUUGAAUAGUUCACUUUCAGCCAUUGAAAAGUCAGUUAAUAUUUCAAAUAGACACUUUAAGAGUUGCCUGGAACGGCAUCAUCAAUCAGAAGUUCUAAGACAAAGCGGCGUGAUUGCUCCAAUUCAAGGGGGUUAUAAUGUACAGGAAAGAAUUCGAUCAGCAACAUUUUUAUCGGAAUAUCAUGACGAUGUAUUAGGAUUUCUAUUUGAUGGAUUUUUUACUGAUGGAACCAUUGUUGAAGAAAUCCCUAGUGAUCUUAUUCUACCCAUCAUCGAUAAAACAAUGGAAUUUAUCCCAUAUGAUAAAAUGAAAAUUAUAUUCGGUGCCUGGACUCCUAGUUUAAUAAUUAAUCUUAUAAACUGUGGAAUGGACAUGUUUGACUCAUCUUUACCAUACAUCACAACCAAACGCAAUUCGGCCUUAAUAUUUGAUUACAAUUUAAAAUAUAAAAAUGAAAGUAUUAUUAUGGACAUUUCUCAUCGUAAGUCUGAUAAAAAUGUAGACAAUUUGAAUGAAUAUGAAAUAUGUUUAACAGAUAAAUGCCAUUUUGAGAAAUUUGUGCCAAUAAAAGAUUCAUGUACGUGUUUGACUUGUAAGAAACAUACUAGAUCUUACAUUCAUCAUUUACUGGUCUCAAAUGAACUUCUAGGUUCUAUAUUAUUGACCAUACACAAUCUACAUUACUUUAACCAAUUUUUCAAGGACAUACGUGAAGUAUUAAUGAAAGUUCUAAGACAAAGCGGCGUGAUUGCUCCAAUUCAAGGGGGUUAUAAUGUACAGGAAAGAAUUCGAUCAGCAACAUUUUUAUCGGAAUAUCAUGACGAUGUAUUAGGAUUUCUAUUUGAUGGAUUUUUUACUGAUGGAACCAUUGUUGAAGAAAUCCCUAGUGAUCUUAUUCUACCCAUCAUCGAUAAAACAAUGGAAUUUAUCCCAUAUGAUAAAAUGAAAAUUAUAUUCGGUGCCUGGACUCCUAGUUUAAUAAUUAAUCUUAUAAACUGUGGAAUGGACAUGUUUGACUCAUCUUUACCAUACAUCACAACCAAACGCAAUUCGGCCUUAAUAUUUGAUUACAAUUUAAAAUAUAAAAAUGAAAGUAUUAUUAUGGACAUUUCUCAUCGUAAGUCUGAUAAAAAUGUAGACAAUUUGAAUGAAUAUGAAAUAUGUUUAACAGAUAAAUGCCAUUUUGAGAAAUUUGUGCCAAUAAAAGAUUCAUGUACGUGUUUGACUUGUAAGAAACAUACUAGAUCUUACAUUCAUCAUUUACUGGUCUCAAAUGAACUUCUAGGUUCUAUAUUAUUGACCAUACACAAUCUACAUUACUUUAACCAAUUUUUCAAGGACAUACGUGAAGUAUUAAUGAAAUAAUAAAUACAAGUUUGAAUUAAUUGUUUUAAUUAUGUCUAAUUGUGUAUAUAUUAAUAAAUUGAGUAGAUACCUAUUAAUUAUUAUA